GACGUGAGUUUGUCGGUGAGAGCUUCAGCUCAACAGAUCGACCAUGGACAGAGAUGUGGUGUUGGAGGGCCUCUCUGCUCUUCUUGGAGUCACAAUCUCUAGGCAGUCGAGUCAAUCUGGUCAAGUCAGCCAUGGAAAGGAGAAGUAUGCACUGCCGAUUCUUUACAGAGGCUUCACUGCAGCUGUGACGGAGGUCGGAAAAGCGCUCUUGGGGGGGCUUAUGACUGGGUCUUUCUCAAAUGUCAUUCCUUUACUUGUGACCAAGCUCACAAGUCUUGCGUUGGGGUAUUUUUUUGAGGCGGCAACGGCAGAUUCGGGGCCCUCAGCAACUGCUCACGGACAAGACUUUUCAGUUGAUGAGGAGGAGUUCUUCGAUCCACAAUAUGAUUACGACUUCCGAUACAUGGCCGAUUCAUCUGUGUGCAAGCGUGGUGACGAGACUUACAGGCGCCCAGUCGGGUGGUACCGUGUUGCCCUGAAAGUGCGGGGGAAAUACCCUGACGGGGACACCUGGCUGGGCACUGACGGAUGGAGGAGUGAAUCGUGCGAGGGUGAGUGGCCCGUUGCUUUCCAUGGGACUACCUCUGCAGGAGCGAAGAGUAUCAUCCAGGAGGGAUUCAGACCAGGUACAGGUGUGGCAAACGGGAGAGAGGAGAGGGCGGCGUAUGGCAGAGGGGUGUACUGCACACCUGACAUCGAUGUGGCAGAGAGAGACGGAUAUGCCAGGACAAUCACGUCAAAGAAGUCUGGAAAGACCUACAAGUUUUUAAUGCAGGGCAGGAUCAAUCCCCAAUACAGGGAGAUUUGCUUGGGAAACAAAGACUACUGGCUGAUCCCUGUAUGCAAAAGAAUGUCUAUGGAGGAAGAAAGGGACUUAUUAGACAGGGCAAUUCGUCCCUAUGGGAUCUUGUUUAAAAAGAUUGAGGACUAAAAUAAUUCUUGUCCAUUGUAUCUAUCACGAUGGCUGCAUUGAAGUUAGUGAUCAAAGAGAGCUUUUUGAAAGUACUACUUUGACAGUACCAGGCCGAUUUGUUCACCAAUUAUCUCGGUCGCUACUUUUAUCAUGACAUCAAUUCUUGUUUAUGAUGUAAAUAGAUGUAAAUAGUCUUACCGACUCUGAGACUGUUAUUGGAACACAUUGUUCUUUUUCCGUACAAAAUUAGAAACAUAAUUUAAAACGUAGGCCUAUCUGUAUGUUCAAUAUGAGGACUUUGCAUGCACGUGUAGCCUAUGCAUGAUGGUUAUUAUAACCAAAAGUGUGGUUGUCACCAAACAUGUCAUAUGUCUGACACUAGCUGAUACGACAUAAAGAUUGUGUGAUUCUUGCCGUUGCUUCCAUUCAAGAUUAUAAUGUCAACAUCUGUCUAUAAUGAGAACUCAAUGUCACUGAUGUUGUCACCAGUUGCAAUAGAUCAACAGCUUCUGUGGUGCAGUUCUCGCUCACAUGCAAUAGACCGCCAUUGAUCAAUAGGAAUUUGUUGCUAUAUAUUCUUUUGUAGAAUGCACUACUGUAGCAAAAGUAUAGGUGUGUUUGAGCUACAUCUUGUUGA